AAGCCAAUCUUCAUCAGCUGCGGAAUUACCACUUCUGUUCACUGGUGUGCGCCUGCCAGUCACGUAGAAGGAUGAGCGCAUUUUUACCGACGUUGUACUUUAUUCAUCAUUUUUCAUGGCUUCUCUCUUGUGUCAAUUCACUGGACCCGACGCUUUUACCGAGGAUGACGUUCACACAGGACGAGAUCGCACUAAAAAGCGUGAUCUUACCCGGGGAAAUCCGCAAACUUCUUCAUCCAGAAAGAGAUCAUGGCAAGCUGAUGGCAGUCGGAAAAAAACAUUUGAUCUCUCUCAGCUUCCUGCAUCCUCCUAAGACUCCCGUUGAAAGAAAGUUGCUAUGGUCCGAGUGCCUCGACGCCGCAAAUGAAUGCAGCUAUGAUGUGGUCCUGGCCCACGAGAGGGAGGACACCAGCCGGGUGUUUGUGUGUGGGACGGACGGAGCAGAAACACUUUGCUGCGACAUAAUGCCAUCAGCGGAUCCUCCCGUCUGCAUACCAGCUGACGACCUGGAGAGCAUGCGAGGGAGUAUCAGGAAUUUUAUCUUGAAGGACGCUGAACAUUCUGCUCUCGUUGAAUCGGAAACAAGUUCUUCGCUGUAUGUAACGUACUCCGGCUCUCAGGAGUACGUGGGCGUCCACAAAUUUGGGAAGAACAGAGUGGGACCAGCAAACCACGAUAAAGAGCAGCAUUACUUGGGUUUGGUGACGAGCAGACGGAGGAAUGAACCUUUGCAGGACAAAGUUUACGCCUUCUACAAGGAGAAAAAUAAAGAUUUGAACGGGUGGAGCAGCACGUGGCUUCCGUACGUCUCCCAGUAUUGCAUGGCGGACGUGGGUGGACCCAAGAACAACCUGCAGUUCACCUGGACUUCCCAGAUGAGUGCCAGGCUCUUGUGUGGUGACCCAAAGAGCAAACAAAUCUUCUUCGAGAUGGUGGACAUUGCCACCGUGCACGCAGAGCAAUGGCAGGACACCCGUGUUUAUGCGCUCUUCAGGAAUGAAUGGAACAUGAGCGCCGUAUGCGUUUAUUCCUCGCAGGACAUCCAGGACGUCUUCACCAACUCGCCGUUUAAAGGCGCAGACAAUCAGAGGGGCCGGUCCAGGGAGUGCGUUUCAGACAGCACACAUCUCUCUAUGGACGUCCUGAGAAUGACCCAGAUCAACUCUGAGAUGGAAGAGUGGGUGAGGCCUAUGAAGAAAUCAGGCCCACUUCUCAUCAGCCAUCACAUGUAUACUCACAUCCGCGCCGACGCUGCUUUCAAAAAGGAAAACACGCUUCUCUUUUUGACUCGAAAUUGCGGAGGAGUGGACAAGGUAUUGGAGAGCAAGAGCGCAGCCUUCAUCAUCGCAGAAUAUAGACCUUUUGCGCACAGAGCUCAUAUCGACAGCAUCAUCCACCAUCCUUCCUCUAAAAAACUCUACAUCAGCUCUCGCGCUCAGCUCGUCCAGAUGGACGUGGCCGACUGUGACCACUACGGAGACACCUGCGAGGAGUGCGUGUUGGCGCGAGACCCAUACUGCGCCUGGGACGGCACCGGCUGCGCUGUCGCCACCCCUACCAGUGGUAGCGUGGUUCAGGAUGUGAAUUCAGGAAAUUACCACUUGUGCUCAUCACUACCUUCUCAUCACACCAAAAAAGUGGUCAAUCGCUCAACCAUGCCCGAAGUGGCUGUGGCACUUCCUCACGGACAUCAGUACUUCCUGCCUUGCCCCGCGGGGUCCCGCCAUGCCCAUUACAGCUGGCAUCACAAUGACGGGGGCGCCACACCCUGCGCCUGGAGCCCUUACGGUUGCCUGCUCCUGAUUAACGACAAGCGGGAGGGGGCGUACACGUGCGUGUCAGAAGAGAGGGGCUUCAGCCGCGUGCUCGCCCGCUACGCCGUACACGUCACGGGCAGCGCCGCAUCAACUCGACCCACGUUUUGGAUUUGUGCGCUGGCUGCUCUCAUCCGCACAAUAACGUAAAGCCUUGGAUGACACCUGCAUAUUUUUUUUUUGUCUUUGUGCUAUUUAUUCAUUCGUCAACGUACAACAAAGAGCAUGUACAGUGCUGCUCCCUUGACAAUGUUAACUGUCCUACUUAUGACUAUUUUGACAAGGCAGGAUCUUGUGGCACCUUCGGGUGUUUCAGAAAGUGGACAAAACAAGCAACAAAGGUGAGUUUUUCACCAACUUACAAGGACCAGGUUCCACAGAAAAAAGUAUAAAUAAUUAAUUAAUGACACACGAAUGUGCAGAGAUUACUGUAAAUUACCCCCCGACCCCUCCUCCCAAAUAUAUAUUUUUAUAUCUAUAAAAUGCAAUAAUAUUAAAACCUUUUUUUUCUUUUUGAUUUAGAAUUUUAAGAAGUUGAUUCAUUUCAUCUAUUUUGGAAGUGAACCGCUCUCCAAUGUGUUGCGCAUGUAUCUCCAAAGUUUGUCCUGUCAACAUUUUGUUGAUUUUUUUUUUUUUAGGAGGGGUGGGGGGGUAGGACAAUGCUUUAUGUGGUGUGUUUGUCAUUGCCAUAGUUGUAAUUUAUUAAAUCAUCUCUUGAAUUAUUUUUCAACAUGGCUUUUUAAUAUUUCAAAAAAUCAUUUCCGAUGGAUGUGAGAGAUAAAGAGAAUUUGGAUUGACUAAAAUGAGUGUCCCUGGGUUCCAAAAUUACACCACGCUUGUUGCAAAAGACUUCUUGCACAUGAUGCUGUCUCAAGAUGUUCUCGUGCAUAAGGUUGCGCAACAGUCAAGACGUUGUGUUGCAACUCUUUUUAUUUUUUUAUUAUUAUUAUUUUUUUUUUUACCAGCUCACGUUCAAUGUAUGACAAUGACUGUGGCCCUUGGCCGAUUUCUUGACGUCUCUUGUCUCGAUACCUCAGAUGUGUCAACUGUUUAUUUUUAGAAGGAACACAACAUGCAGGUACUGUGUACUUUACAAAUAUGAAUACAGUGUAUAUAUUCACCAGA